AGAAUAUUGUUAUUUAUUUAUCUUCACGUACGCUACUUCGAACAGCUUCUGAUCUUUGGUGAAUGGCCCUCCCUCAGCUAAUCCCAUCCCAUUCUUCUUCUUCUUCGCUCACUCACCAACCUUCGAUAGGCCCCAACGCUGUCAGUCCUUAUCUUUUAAACCCUAAUUUCAAGCCAUUUUUCAACUCUUCUUCGCUCUUCCAAUCCCGCAGGUUCCAUAGGCUCAGCUCCCUCCGAUGCUUCGCUUCCUCUUUCCCGGAGAAACGCCACCCGUAUCCUCCCCAAUCAGAUGAAUCCGUACAGCUCCCUCUAUUUCCUCUCCCCUUAGUUCUCUUCCCCGGCGCUGUUCUCCCCCUCCAGAUCUUCGAGUUCCGUUACCGCAUUAUGAUGCACACGCUCCUCCACACCGACCUCCGCUUUGGCGUUAUUUACUCUGAUCCCGUCGGUGGCACCUCCGACGUCGGCUGCGUCGGAGAUAUUUUCAAGCACGAACGCCUCGUCGACGACCGCUUCUUUCUCAUUUGUAAAGGCCAAGAACGGUUCCGCGUCACCAACAUCGUACGUAAGAAACCAUAUCUUGUCGCGGAAGUCAACUGGCUCGAAGACCGCCCCUCCAGCGACGAGGAUUUGGAAGGAAUAGCCGAUGAAGUGGAGAGUUGCAUGAAAGACGUGAUUCGGUUAUCGAAUCGCCUCAAUGGAAAACCGGUAAAGGAAGCGCAGGAUUUGAGGAGGAAUCUAUUUCCGACUCCGUUUUCAUUCUUUGUAGGGAGUACAUUCGAAGGGGCGCCGAAAGAGCAACAAGCUUUGCUGGAGUUAGAAGAUACGGCGGCCAGGUUGAGAAGAGAGAAGGGAACUUUGAGGAACACUCUCAAUUACUUGUCUGCAGCAUCGGCUGUGAAAGACGUGUUUCCCUCUUCAUGACGAGAGAAUUGACAUUGUUAGCGUGUUCUAAGCUGAUUCAUUUCUGGUCAAUGGAGAAUUCCUAUCUCCAAGACUCCAACUCCAUUAAUUAGCCCAGAAGCACCACUGAGAUGUUGCAGAGUCGUAUAAAGAAGGCUAAAGAAUAAAGAUGGGGGCUUGGAUGUCGUAGACACCUGUCUUUUGGAAUGGUCAUGAAUCUUUCAGGUACUGAUAGCAUUGAAUUUGUUAUCUGCUUUCUAAGUCGUAUGAUAAUUUCACAGGAUCUUCAGGACAAAUGAAGCUAUGAGCUGAACAUAUCACAUGGCCUUUGUCAGCAUAGCUGUUGGAUUACUGGUUAGUUGCUUUUAAACUGUGCUUGUCUCGAUGCUGAUGUUAAACACUAGCAGAUAUAUGAUUUGAGGUUUGGCCAUUCCUUUACCCUAUGGAUUCAUUAGGAUGGGGCGGAACUAAACUUGUUCAAACCAAAUAUUUAAACUCAAAACCUUAUAUAAAGUUUUUCAACUAGUGAUGCAAAUUUAUGUUGGUUUGAAGAAUGGCUGGACUGUGUGGUAGGGCAUAGAAGAAAGAAAAAUGGAUUUGUGGGUGUUUUCUUGCAUAGGGUUUUCCAAGGAAACAAAAACUUGACAUGGCAUAAAGGUGAUUCCAGGUUUGACAACUUGCAAUUAUCUGCAAAAGCUGCAAUUCAUCUGUUCCGGCAAUGCUUUAUAAAUGCCAUAAGAAGUUAAGUAGGCUCUCAGUAUUACUGUCAAACAGGUUAAAAAGAAGAAAUGAUGAUUUGGUCUCACCAAAUGGACCUUAUCCGAUAAAUGGAUCCAAAAUUCAGUAUAUAGCAAAAGAGCUGAUGGCUUAUUGAAUUGGAGUUGACUAGAAAUGUGGGCACAUCUAGACAGGAAACGAGAACAUGGGUUUCUUUGUGGGGGAACUGUCUAAAACCCAGCUCCCAAAUUCUUUCAGCACUGUAAAAGGUUUUUGUUCCACAUCAGUUGGAAAUUUGAAUGUCAAUCCUUAACUUGAAGAAUUCCAUCAACCUCUAGUUUAAAAUUUGAUUUGAUAAUUUUUAUACUCAUCUAGGAACUGUGAAAAGCUAAAGUGUAUCUAUUUGAAACCAAUUUAUGAAUACUAUUGUUUUUUAUUCGAGAAAAAGAGAUUCAAUCA